UGCAAUUUGUUUUAGUUGCGAGUGUGUGCGUGUGCUUGUUUUGUUUGCAACGACAACUAAAUUUGCUUGCGGAUUGGUAAUCAAAGUGAACUUGCCACCGCCAUGGAGGACAAAAUGGUACUGAUGGAGACCUUUGGCGGCAAUAAUGACAUUACUGUGGAUACAACCAAAUCGGCCAUUGCUAAGAUGAUAAUGCGCACCGAGGGUUACCAGACGCGUGUCCGCAAACACAUCGAUGACAACUACGUUGAGUUUAUGCCCAACUACACGUCGCCAGAUACUUUUCUGGAGGAAUCUAGUACGCUGAUCAAUGAAGUCAGCGACCUAUUGGGAUCUAUGGGCAGUGAGGGUCGCGAUGCGCUUAAAGAGGCCGGUGCUGAGCUGGCAAAGAGCAAGCAGGAUCUGCGUGAAAUGCUGCUGGGCCUGCGAGUCAGCGAGCAUAUACUGAAGGUGGAUCAACUAUUUCAGUGCGUGGAGGAGGCCAAGGCCAACAAGGAUUGCUUGAUUGUGCUCGAUUUGAUGAGCAAACUACAUGGCCUUAUUUAUGGUGAAAAUACGCCCGAUGCCAUGCCUCAAGAUAUCGAGCGUGUCUUUUGUGCCUUGGACUGCUACGAGACAAUCAAAGUUAAGUACCAUGUGCAGGCGCAUCUUUUACAGCAGAAUCUUCAAGAGCGGUUCGAUCGUCUUGUGCAAUUCAACUGCAAAACAUUCCCCAACUCCAAAUGCGUUACGCUGCUAGUUAGCAAAGAUGAGUCGCAGUUGCAGGAUAUUGUAAUGGCGCUGUUCCAAGAGCGCUACAAUCCCGCAAAGCUUUGCUUAUUUCUCCUAGAAAACUGCAUAGAGCCACUUAUACAACGACCAAUGUCGGUGGAAUACGAUGAGCAUGCCAAGCAUGACAGCUACAUUGAGCUCAAGCUCUCCUAUUCCACCAAGGAGACUGAGACAGCAACACUACUGCAUCCCAACUAUCAAGAGGUCUUCAAGCACUUUCGCCAGCUGCUCAAGACCUUGCAGAACAUCAACGUUUGCCCACAUGGCGAACAGUAUGUGUUUAGCAUUAUAGGCGACCACAUUAAGCAGCGCACUCUGCAGCUGCUUGUGAAUGAGUGUCUCAUGUUAGCCGUGCCCGAAACCAUGGAGGAGUACCAAAGCUCAACUCUUUGCACGGAUGUGGCACAAUUCGAACAGCAGUUAGCCGACACAUAUCUCAUCAAUCCGGAGCAGGACACGGCGCUCAGUGAGUUUGUUACCAAUUAUCACACCUACUUUCGCAAUCGACUUGCGAAACGUGUGCUGGCUACAGCACGCGAGAUUAUACAACGCGACUUACAGGACAUGGUGCAGCUGGCUGCCAGUGACAGCGCCGAGCUGGUGCCCUUUCCGCGCUGCAUGAUUUCCAAAAGUGCACUGGAUUUUGCCAAAUUAAUGGAUCGCGUGCUGCGUCAGCCUAGUGAUAAAACUGAUGAGGUUGCUCCCUUCAGCGGCAUCAUUAGCAUACUGCUAAAUACCUACAUUGUAGGAGUGCCAAAGGUGCACAAGAAAUUGCUGGACAGCAUUCCACAACAGUCAGCGUUAUUCUACAACAAUUGCAUGUACCUUACACAUAUUGUGGCCAAGAAGUCGGACGCUGGCUUCGACAGCUGCCCGGAGCUUAUCAAAUUGCUGCAGUCUACGGGCAACAAGCAACUGCGCGCACAGCUUAACUAUCAGGAGUCCAUACUGCUGGAAAUUUUGAGCGGCUUUGAAUUCGAGAGUCCGCACAGCUUGGGCACGGGUCCCUUGCGGCUGGUGCGUCAGUGUCUGCGCCAACUGGAGCUGCUCAAGAAUGUCUGGCAGCAGGUGCUGCCCGCCAAGGUCUACAACAGCAGCUUUUGCGACCUGCUACAUUGCUUUGCCAAUGAGCUCAUCCAGCGUGUUUUCAGCCUGCGGGACAUUUCCGCCACCAUGGCCAGCGAGCUAAGCGAUCUUAUUGAUGUAGUGCUGGAGAAGGCGCCACUUCUGUUUGAGGAUCCCGCCGAGGUGCUGCAGGUGCGCUGCUGGUUUAAGCUAAAACAGCUGCGGACCAUGAUGAAUGCCUCGCUCAAGGAAAUUACCGAACUGUGGUGUGAUGGCGCCGGCGUGCUGACAGCCAACUACAAAUCUAAUGAAGUCAAGCAUCUGAUACGCGCACUCUUUCAGGACACGGAUCGGCGGGCAAAGGCAAUGGCACAAAUUGUUUAACGGCCACAGCUUAAUGCUUAAUUGUAUUUUAUUAUACAGCUAUAUAUAUAUAUGGAAUUUUUUUUAACACAAUAUCAUUUGCAAUUUGUUGCCAACAUAUAUAAAGAAUUUGUAAUUAUAGUUGGUAAUCCUUGUUAGCAAACCCAUAAUUUUUUCGCCAAAAAGAAAAGAAGCAAAUUGAAUUUG